AAAAGCGGUCAAACAAUGCUGAAUGUUUCGGGCUUCAUUAUUCUGCUUAUACUAGUUCAGCCCUAUUUUUCAAUGGAACCGGAUGAGGAUGAGGAACGUUAUAAUAAGGAUUAUUACAGUUCCUCAGUUCAGGGACUAGUUAGGCUCUUACAAGUGGAGCAAGAGUUUAUGGAGAAUUUCACGAUCUAUGCUAAUGUCUUACAGGAGAAAGUUGACAACCUAAACAUCUACCUAGAUAGUAUGAAGCGUCCCAAUCAUUAUACUCACAAUGAGAGGGAAAAGUAUGUUUCCAAUCCUCUCAAUGCCUUUGGACUAAUCAGAAGACUUAAUCAAGAUUGGCCGAAAUGGCAAAACUAUACUCAGAAACCUCUGGGCCUUGAACAACUAAAUGCUAUGCAAAAUAUCUUAAGUAUAGCCCCAGAGUCCUUCGACAUGAACGAAACACUAAAAGCUAUGCAUCGCAUUGAGACAACCUAUGAUCUCCAACCAAAAGAUAUAUCAAAGGGACUGCUUCAAAGCCAACAAUUCAACUCUAAGCUUGAGUCAAGAGACUGUUUGGCAUUGGCACACCAUACAUUUGAAAUUGAAGAUUUUCAUCGAUCACUUUUAUGGUUUCAAGAAGCUUUAAAUGUAAACACAGAUCCGAGUCAGGAGAUCAUUGAUGAAUUACUGGGAAUUACAUUUAAGGACUUGGCCUUGUCCAUAUCUACGCGCAGCAUAUAUAUGUCAAAUCAAUCGUUAAGUAACGAAUCCAUCCGUGAAUUAGUAAGCAGCCAAUUGCAAGACGCUAAGCCUAAAGAUUUGGAAGACUUUAUUAUCUCAAAACUAAAACAAUGGGAUAAAGAAAGUUUUACUGGCACCAAUGCCUCGAGAACACUCGAAAGUGACCAUAGUAUUGGAUGUCAAGGAUUUUUUCCCAAGUCGACCAAUCUCUUCUGCCUUUACAACUCCACCACAAAUCCUUUUUUAAAGCUAGCUCCCCUUAAAAUGGAAGAAGUAAGUCGGGAUCCCUACAUUGUAAUGUAUCACGAAGUGUUAUCCGACAAGGAAAUCGAGGAAAUGAAGGGAGAGAUUGGGGAAAUGGGCAAUGGAUGGACAGGGGUAGACGAUCCUAAGGAAAUUGUGGCCCGCGUCUUUUGGUCGACGGAAGAUUCUCCAUUCAGGGAUCGAAUCAAUCAACGCAUUUCUGACAUGACGGGCUUCAAGCUGCAGGAGUUUGCUGCCUUACAAUUCGCCAAUUUUGGAGUGGGUGGAUACUUCAAGCCGCAUCACGACUAUUUUACAGAGCGUUUAAGAAAAAUUGAUGUCAACAAUACUCUGGGCGAUCGAAUUGCAAGCCUUAUCUUUUAUGCAGGAGAAGUUUCGCAAGGUGGACAAACAGUAUUUCCAGAUAUUAAGGUUGUGGUGGAGCCCAAAAAGGGAAAUGCUCUGUUUUGGUUCAAUGAUUUCGAUGAUUCAUCGCCAGAUCAGCGAUCUCUGCAUUCUGUGUGUCCUGUUAUAGUCGGUUCCAGAUGGACGAUUACAAAAUGGAUACACUACGACCCGCAAAUAUUUGUGAAGCCCUGCAGACAAAGGCUUUUCAAAUGAAGUUCUUAAACCGUGACGUGUUGUCGUAAAAUAAAGUUUGAUUUUAAGAAGUGUAUAGAAUUCAUUAGGGACGCUAUAUCCC